AUUUCCAGGCCUGGAAAAGUCAUGGAAAAAAACAAAUCAUAAAAGUUUUGGAAAAAUCAUGGAAAUGUUGGUAUAUUCACAUGUUCAUUUACACCGAGUUUGAAAUAAUUAAUAUAAACAGAUGGAUUUGCACAUAAAGAAUAAACAUUUAUAUAAGUGUUUAAAGGAAUAAACAUGAAUAGACAUGUUUAUUCUUUUAAUCGAACUAUUGUCUCAUUCAUUUGUUUCAUUUCAGGUAAACUGUAUGCUUUGGAAUUCUCAUUUUUUGAAUACAAAAUCCUCUAAAUUGUUCAUUCUCCGAGAUUUCAGUUUGGUCGUGGAAAUUUGGUUUAAAGUCAUGGAAAUCCAUUGGUCAAAAUGUGUAAGAACCCUGAUCUUAUCAAACUGAAUUCGGUAUUGUCAUCUUUCUAUCACCGGGCUGCUGUGUGUGUGACGCGGGCCUCGUCAGGCAGCAGCUCGGACACCUCAGGGCGGAUGUGUCCGGUCGGACCUCCGCGGAUGGAUGUCGGCUGCCGGGGGCCGAAGCUGAGCCGUUAGCCGGAUUUUCGGACGCAAACGGGUACGAUUCCACACUCGCACGUCGUCAUUCAUCAAUGGGCGACGAAUCCAAAACGCACAUACACCCGUUUAGAAAUGUAAUACCUGUGCGUCUUGUUAAUUAACUCGAUAAUUUUGGGGUUGAGAAAGUCAACCGAAGCUAACUGCUCGUGCUGCUAGCAGCGGUCCAGGGAGUGUCCCACCUGACCGCGACGGACACCCGCCGCUAAAGGAGGAUUUUAAACAACAGUCGAAGCCGUCAAAACAUGCAAUUUGCACCUUUUUUAAACUGCUCAAUAACGGAGAUUAUUACACAUAUUUCAUGAUUAUUGCUGGUGAUUAUUGAGGCUGUGUGGAUCCCGAUGGGCAGCUCUAAUUGGGAUAAUUAAGGCUUUAUUCUCGUUUCGGAUUAAAGCUAAUUGGACUACAAACCAGAUGUUUUCUCAUUCAAUUAUAGUUAAUCUGUCGGGAGAGAUUGCCACGUGAGGGUGCAGCCACACCCAUGCUGUGCAUUACGAAAACCGCCAACAGACAAGCUGCAGAUUAUUGACCACCAGCAGCGGCAGCAGCAGGAUGAGCUCGGACGGCGGCGGGCGGCCCGUCAGAGUGGGCUCCCUGGUGGAGGUGAUCGGGAAGGGGCAGCGCGGCACCGUGGCCUACAUCGGCAACACGCUCUUCGCCUCGGGGAAAUGGGUGGGGGUCAUCCUGGACGAGGCCACGGGCAAGAACGACGGCACCGUGCAGGGCAAGCGCUACUUCACCUGCGAGGAGAACCGUGGGAUAUUUGUGAGACAAUCGCAGAUCCAGCUGGUGGACGACACGACGUCUCCGGAGACGCCGGAGCCCGGCGCCGGCAAGGUUCCCAAACGAGAGAUUCUGGAGAUGCCCAAAUCCACUAAACUGACCACGGCCAGAAGGCCCAAGCCCAGCCGACCCGCCGGAGGGAAGGCGGCUGCGUCCGGCUCGGCCUCGGCCUCCGCCGGCGAGAUGAGCAGCAGCGAGCCCAGCACGCCGGCCCAGACCCCUCUGGCGGCUCCGGUCAUCCCCACCCUCCACUCCCCAGGAAACCCUCCGGCCCCCAUCUCCAGCAAGGAGGAGGAGGCGCUGCGUGCGCAGGUGAAGGACCUGGAGGAGAAGCUGGAGACGCUGAAGAUGAAGCGGACGGAGGACAAGGCCAAGCUGAAGGAGCUGGAGAAGCACAAGAUCCAGCUGGAGCAGCUGCAGGAGUGGAAGACAAAGAUGCAGGAGCAGCAGGCGGAGCUGCAGAAGCAACUCAAAGAGGCCAAGAGGGAGGCGAAUGAAGCCCUGGAGGCGAAGGAGCAUUACAUGGAGGAGAUGUCGGACACGGCGGACGCCAUCGAGAUGGCCACGCUGGAUAAGGAGAUGGCCGAGGAGAGGGCGGAGUCUCUGCAGCUGGAGGUCGACUCCCACAAGGAGAACGUGGACGAGCUCUCCAUGGACCUGGAGAUCCUCAAGCACGAGAUCGAGGAGAAAGGUUCGGAUGGCGCUGCCUCCAGUUACCAUGUGAGACAGCUGGAGGAGCAGAAUGGGAGGCUGAAGGAGGCGCUGGUCAGGAUGCGCGACCUGUCGUCGUCAGAGAAGCAGGAACACGUGAAGUCGCAGAAGCAGAUGGAGAAGAAGAACGCGGAGCUGGACGCUCUGAGGAGCCAGAAGGAAAAACUGCAGGAGGAGAUGACGCUGGCCGAAAGGACCAUCGACGAGCUGAAAGAACAGGUGGAUGCGGCCUUGGGGGCGGAGGAGAUGGUGGAGAUGCUGACGGAGAGGAACCUGGACCUGGAGGAGAAAGUCCGGGAGACGAAGGAGACGGUCACUGACCUGGAAGCUAUAAACGAGAUGAACGACGAGCUGCAGGAGAACGCCAGAGAGACGGAGUUGGAGCUGAGGGAGAUGUUGGACCUGGGCACCGCGAAGGUCCGAGAGUCGGAGAAACACGUGGAGGCGGCGCAGGAGACCGUCGCCGAUUACCAGCAGACCAUCACAAAGUACCGCGAGCUCACGGCUCAUCUGCAGGAGGUGAACAGAGAGCUGACCAGCCAGCAGGAAGCUUCAGCCGAGCUGCAGCAGCAGGCGCCGGCGGAGCUGUUUGAUUUCAAGAUUAAGUUUGCAGAGACGAAGGCCUACGCCAAGGCGAUUGAGAUGGAGCUGAGGAAGAUGGAGGUGGGUCAGGCCAACCGACACGUGUCUCUUCUGACCGCCUUCAUGCCCGAGUCCUUCCUCCGUCACGGCGGAGACCACGACUGCGUCCUGGUGCUGCUGCUCAUCCCCAGACUGGUCUGCAAGGCCGAGCUGAUCAGCAAACAGGCCCAGGAGAAGUUUGACCUGAACGAGAACUGCGUGGAGCGAGCCGGGCUGAAGGGCGCCGUCGGCGAGCAGCUGAGCUUCGCCGGCGGUCUGGUGUACUCGCUGAGUCUGCUGCAGGCCACGCUGCACAAAUACGAGCAGGCUCUGUCUCAGUGCAGUGUGGAUGUCUAUAAGAAGAUCGGCUCUCUGUACCCGGAGAUGAGCGUCCACGAACGUUCUCUGGAUUUCCUCAUCGACCUGCUGCACAAAGACCAGCUGGAUGAGACGGUCAACGUGGAGCUGCUCACCAAGGCCAUUAAAUACUAUCAGCACCUGUACAGCAUCCACCUGGCCGAUCAGAACGAGGACUGCACCAUGCAGCUGGCGGACCACAUCAGAUUUACCCAGAGUGCCUUGGACUGCAUGGCGGUGGAGGUCGGUCGCCUGCGGGCGUUCCUGCAUACGGGUCAGGAGAAGGCCGACCUCGCCGUGCUGCUGAAGGACCUGGAGACUUCCUGCAGCGACAUCCGACAGUUCUGCAAGAAGAUUCGCCGCAGGAUGCCGGGAACCGACGCGCCGGGCAUCCCGCCGGCGCUCAACUUUGGCCAACAGGUGUGCGACACCCUGUCCGACUGCAGGAAACACCUGACCUGGGUGGUGGCGGUGUUGCAGGAAGUGGCGGCAGCUGGAGCUCAGAUGAUGUCGCCUCUCGGCGAACAGGAAGGGCUGUCGGCCGUCAAACUGGAGGACGUGGCAUUCAAGGCAGGAGAGCAGAUUUAUGGAUCCCAGGGCGCCAACCCCUACGACUGCAUGCGGCAGUCCUGCGCCAUGGUCAUAGCAACCAUGAACAAGAUGGCCACCGCCAUGCAGGAGGGAGAAUACGACUCGGAGAGGCCUCAGAACCAGAACCCUCCGCCCGUGGACCUGCGAGCGGCGGCUCUUCGAGCUGAAAUCACCGACGCCGAAGGUCUCGGCAUGAAGCUGGAGAACCGAGAGACGGUCAUCAAAGAGCUGAAGAAGUCCCUCAAGAUCAAGGGGGAGGAGCUGAGCGAGGCGAGUGUCCGUCUCAGUCUGCUGGAGAAGAAGCUGGACAGCUCCUCCAGAGACGCAGACGAGCGCGUCGAGAAGAUCCAGACCCGACUGGACGAAGCCCAGACGCUGCUGAAGAAGAAGGAGAAGGAGUUCGAGGAGACGAUGGACGCCCUGCAGGCCGACAUCGACCAGCUGGAGUCGGAGAAGGCCGAGCUGAAGCAGCGGAUCGGCAGCCAGUCGAAGAUGACCAUCGACGGGCUGCGAGGAACCAGCCCGUCGGGAAUCGCCUCCAUCGUCACGGGAGCAGCCAGCGUGAUGCCCGGCGCCGGUUCCGGCGUCCAGGUGAUCGACUCUCCUCUGCUGACUCAGCAGAUUGAAGCUCAGAGAUUCUGCAUCAAACACCUGAAGAACGACAACAACAGGCUGAAGGCUGAGAAGAUGCGCGCGCAGCUCGCUGCUCUUCCCCCUCUUCACGUGACCAAGCUUCCCUCCAGAGACGGCGGGCGCCGCGAGGUGCUCUCUAGCGCCCUCUACCGGAAGACCGACCAGCUGCUGGAGACGCUGCUGCAGAUGAGCGCCAACGUGAAGGUGGUGGACAUCACCGGGAAGUCUCCGGUGACUCCUGGGGCUCAGCUCCUGGAACAGACGGCGAGGUUACAGUCCCUCAGUGACACGCUGGGCAGACUGAAGGACGAAGUCGCCGAGCACGUCGUCCACCAGCAGCAAGGAGCUCGAGUCUCGUCUGAUUUUGCGACGUUCCCCUCAGCCUUGUUUGUUAAGGCGAAGGAGGAGAAGCAGGGCGACGCGGUGCUGGUGGGUCGGGUUACGGUGCCGUGUAACCGCGGCCAAGAGCGGGUCCACCGCCUCGUCCUGACGCAGGCUCAGCUGCAGAGGGUUCACCGUCUGCUGCAGACCUAACGUCCAGCUGACAUCCUGCCCGCUGCACCGCCCGACAGCUCGGCAGCCUGGUUCCCAGUCCAGGGCCAAACCAGUGAGACCAGGAGGUAUUUCAGAUCUCCAGUGCAGCGAUUUCAACCCGCAGGACGUUUUCUUCUCUGAAAUGCAAGUCGAUCGGCGCCGCUCGGGGCUGUAGUCGAGACCGGCGUCAUCGCAAUGUCGCUUUGGAUCUCUCGCCUCGGGCGGAAAAAAGAGACGACUCGCGAUUGUUUUUCUCAUAUUUGCUGCUUUUCUUUGUCCUUUAAGAAAAAAAAAAAAAAGUAAACUGACAUUUUUUGGGUGUUCAAAAGAAAUGUGAAGAGGCCACUCCUCCCUCAAGACGUUUCACUGUUUUUAGCAUUUUAUCGGGAAAACAAUUAAUCAGGAGAUAAAUUGUUAUAACCACUACUUGUCGGCCGAACUACAGUUGCUAAUUUAAAAAAAUAUGUACACAAAAUUCUCUUAAGAUCAAUUCAAUUCAGUUUUUCAAUUCAGUUUAUUUGUAUCGCCCAAUUUCACAAAUUACAAAUGUGUCUCGGAGUGCUUUACAAUCUGUACACAUAGACAUCCCUGACCUUUGACCUCACAUCGGAUCAGGAACAACUCCCAAACAACCCUUCACGGGGAAAAAAAAGGGAAGAAACCUUCAGGAGAGCAACAGAGGAGGAUCCCUCUCCAGGAUGGACAGAAUCAAGAAGAGAGGAUCAAGAAAACAUAUAUUAAUCUAGAAGUGAAACGACAAACAUCAAAUUUGUCCGUUCUGUAAAGCUUCCCCAUGACAUUCGGGCAGUUCAUAUUAUUCUGUCAUUGAUCUCAGAUGAAACUGAACUUGGUUUCCAUGGUGAUGUUGGAUGCUGAACACUGCAACUUAAAGACUGGGGGGAGGCUACAUUUAGUUGUAUGGCCAGAAUAGAAAAGGAGGAUCCGUGUAACUGCUGCAUGCCCACAUUCAGAUUGUAUUUGUUGUGUAGUCGAAUAUUUAAAAACUCCUGGUUGCACAUCGUGGUUUAUAUGAGGCCAGAGCAUCAUGUCACGCAGUAUUAGAGGGGUCACGACCCGGUGUUAGUUUUAAUCAGGCGUCACUGUCGUGUCCAUUUUUGUAACUUAACCGUCUAAAGGGAAAGAAAGAUUAUGUGAUUGAGAAAUUAUGGAUAUUUUACUGCGGUUUGAUUCAAGACCUUUUGCACAUAUUUUAAGUCCCGAGUGGCCGAUGGAACGACGGAGGAGAACCCGAUCCUCGAGGAGAACUCGACAUCGCUCGCGUUGUCUCGAGGAUUCGGUGUUCUGCUGCGUGGUUUCAAUGGAACUACAAGAACAUUUACUGUGUAGAACGCGGACAUUAUUAUUUUGCUUCUGCAGAUUUUUUCAUGUUUUAUUUUAAAAAACCUCAAACGAAGCAUCGUGGCUUAAAUAAUUUAUUACACUUGUGGUGUAAAGUCCAGGAAGUCGUCUCCGUCUACCUUUACACGCGGGUUGUUUUGGGGAAGUUGUGUGCGUUGCCUUUCGUUGCUGAGAUUCCCGUUGCCUUACGUCUGAUUUGUUGAGCAACGCCACAUCGUUGCCAAAGAACCCGAGUUUCUCUUCACCACGGCUGAUUUUAAAAAGCAUCGAGUUUAUUGAUCCAUGCCGAUUGUUUUAUUAUUGAUUUGUUAGACUAUGUUUACACACUAUUGCCAUCACUUGAAGUUUUAUUUUAUAAUUAAUUGAAUGAAUGGGCGUCGACAUAACUAGUUUAUUUAUUUAUCCGUGCAGCUUGUUUCCCUCGCGUGGCUUCCUGCUGUCGCACAACCGAUAACCGAUCAAUAAAGACAUAAACGCCA